AAAACUUAUUGCCAGUUCUCUUUCUUGACUAACUGAAGCAACAAGGAGACUAAAAUGUUACUUCUUUUACCCAUAUUUUUAACACUCUUAUUGUCUGCUCUUGAGUUUGCAGACUCCAAUGCUCAUUAUGACAAGAUUUUACUCCAUAGUCGUAUCAGAGGUCAGAAACAAGGCCCAAAUGUCUGUGCCCUUCAACAGAUCUUGGGCACUAAAAAGAAAUACUUCAGUACUUGCAGAAACUGGUAUCAAGGAGCCAUCUGUGGGAAGAAAACGACUGUGUUAUAUGAAUGUUGCCCUGGAUAUAUGAGAAUGGAAGGCAUGGAAGGCUGCCCUGCAGUGUUGCCUAUCGACCAUGUUUAUGGCACUUUGGGCAUUGUGGGAGCUACUACAACUCAAGGAUAUGCUGAUGUGUCAAAACUGAGAGAAGAGAUAGAAGGAAAAGGCUCCUAUACUUUCUUUGCACCAAGUAAUGAAGCUUGGGAUAACUUGGAUUCUGAAAUCCGUAGGGGUUUGGAGAGUAAUGUCAAUGUUGAAUUGUUGAAUGCUUUACAUAGUCAUAUGGUGAACAAGAGAAUGUUGACCAAGGAUUUGAAAAAUGGAUUGGUUGUUCCCUCUAUGUACAACAAUCUUGGGCUCUUUAUCAAUCAUUACCCUAAUGGAGUUGUUACUGUUAACUGUGCUCGAAUUAUCCAUGGCAACCAGAUUGCAACAAAUGGUGUUGUACAUGUCAUUGACCGUGUCCUAACACAGAUUGGUACUUCAAUCCAAGAUUUCCUCGAGGCAGAAGAUGAUCUUUCAUCUUUUCGAGCAGCUGCCAUCACAUCAGACCUAUUGGAAGCCCUUGGAAGAGAUGGUCACUUCACACUCUUUGCUCCCACUAAUGAAGCUUUCGAAAAGCUUCCAAGGGGUGUGCUGGAAAGGAUCAUGGGGGAUAAAGUAGCUUCUGAAGCUCUCCUGAAGUACCAUAUUUUAAACACUCUCCAAUGUUCUGAGGCCAUCAUGGGAGGUGCAGUGUUUGAAACCCUGGAAGGAACUACAGUUGAAAUUGGCUGUGAUGGUGAAAGUCUAACAGUUAAUGGGGUCAAAAUGGUAAACCGCAAGGAUAUUGUCACAAAUAAUGGAGUAAUCCAUUUAAUCGACCAGGUGUUAAUUCCUGAUUCUGCCAAGCAAGUUAUCGAGCUUGCUGGGAAGCAACAAACUACCUUCACAGAUCUUGUGGCCCAGCUAGGCUUGGCUUCCAGUCUAAAGCCUGAUGGAGAAUACACAUUACUGGCUCCUACAAAUAAUGCUUUUACUGAUGAUACUCUGAGCAUGGAUCAGCGCCUUCUUAAAUUAAUUCUUCAAAACCACAUUUUGAAAGUGAAAGUUGGACUCAAUGAGCUUUAUAAUGGACAGCACCUAGAGACCCUGGGAGGCAAGCAGCUCAGAGUUUUUGUCUAUCGAACGGCCAUCUGCAUUGAAAAUUCAUGUAUGCUUAGAGGAAGUAAACAGGGAAGGAAUGGUGCUAUUCAUGUGUUCCAAGAGAUUAUUAAACCUGCUGAGAAAUCUCUGCAUGAGACAUUGAAACAGGAUAAGCGUUUUAGCAUUUUCCUCAACCUACUUGAAGCUGCAGAUUUGAAAGAUAUUCUGAUACAACCAGGAGAAUGGACAUUGUUUGUGCCAACUAAUGAUGCUUUUAAGGGACUUACAAAUGAAGAAAAAGAAAUACUAAUACGGGACAAAAAUGCUCUUCAAAAUAUUAUCCUUUAUCACUUGACACCAGGAGUUUUCAUUGGGAAAGGAUUUGAACCUGGUGUUACAAACAUUCUUAAGACAACCCAAGGAAGCAAAAUCUUUCUUAAAGGCGUAAAUAACACACUUAUGGUGAAUGAAGUAAAAUCAAAAGAAUCUGAUGUCAUGACAACCAAUGGUGUCAUUCAUGUUGUAGACAAACUACUCUACCCUGCAGACAUACCUGUUGGAAAUGAUCAACUGCUGGAAAUCCUCAAUAAAUUGAUAAAAUACAUUCAAAUUAAGUUUGUCCGUGGCAGUACCUUCAAAGAAAUCCCUGUAACUGUUUAUACAACUAAAAUUAUUACAAAAGUUGUGGAACCCAAAAUUAAAGUGAUUGAAAGCAGUCUUCAACCUAUUGUCAAAAGUGAAGGACCUUCAAUGAGAAUUGAAGGUGAUUCUGAAUUCCAAGUGAUUAAGGAGGGUGAAACAGUAACUAAAGUGAUUCAUGGAGAACCAAUUAUUAAAAAAUAUACCAAAAUUAUUGGUGGGCGACCAGUAGAAAUAACUGAAAAAGAGACAACAGAAGAAAGAAUUAUUAAAGGUCCUGAAAUAAAAUAUACCCGCAUUUCUUCUGGUAAUGUUGGAGAGACAGAAGAAACUUUAAAGAAGUUUCUUCAGGAAGAGGUCACCAAGGUCACCAAAUUCAUUGAAGGUAGUGAUGCUCAUUUGCUUGAAGAUGAAGAAAUCAAAAGGCUGCUUCAGGGAGACCGACCAAUGAGGAAAGUACCAGCCAACAAAAGGACACAAGGAACAAGAAGAAGGUCAAGAGAAGGUCGUCCUCAGUGAUACUCCAGAAAGCAGACCUCGUACAACUAUAAAUCAACCGUUGAAUCUUUGAAGAAAAAAUUGUGAAAGCCACUUUGAUUUUGGAAACCUUUCCAAACUGAACCAUGAGCCCAUUGCAGAAAAAGCAGGGAACAAUCCAGAAUGUAAAUUUUGCUAUUUCUUGUAAAUGAGAAAUAUAAAUGAAAUUAGAAUUUUUAAAAAAGAAAAUGAAUGAAUAGAUGUGUUUGUAGAAGAAUAUGGAUAGUGAGAGGGAAAUGAGUUGUAUGUGCUUUGCACAUAUAGCUCAGCAGAGUCCUUGCAUCUUCAAAUGCAAAACAAUUUUUGUCAGGUUUUAAUGCCAACAGCAUUCAUUAUAGUGGAUAAUGCCAAUGCUGGCAUCAUGUUCUUUUAUUUCAUGAAAAUCUGAGUGACUAAAUUUUACCAAUUCAUGUGAAGCUUCAAAAAUUCAUUUCCAAAAGUGAAAAUGUUGGCAAGAUACACACAAAAUCAGUAUUUGCAACAUGAAGCCAAUUCAAUUCAAUGUAAAUCUUAAAGUCUUGAAAUGAUAUCCCUUUAAGAAGCUUGAGUCAUAAAUUGCAUCUAAGGGAAACAUAGAAUGCACACAAACAUUUUACCUCUGCAUGGGUAAUUAAAUUGCAAAAAAAAAAAAAAAAAUGGGUGCUUGAUAUGGAAACUGUUAUAUCAAAAAUGCUUUGCUCAUUUCUGAUACUAAUGUGGAGUUAUUUGUAAAUGAUGUCAUUUUUAUAACUUGUUUUGUAUUCAUGAACUGUUUGUCAUUUGCUUCUUGCAAUAUAUAUGUAUAUUUUUAAUCUUAAAUGUUUCAAUACAGCCAUUUGUCAAGUCCAAAGAAAGUUACUUCAAAAUGUGUAGCUUUGAAGUUACAAGGAUUUAAUUUAAUAGGUGGUUUGGGUUUGGGAACAUGACUUUAUACCUCUUUUUGAAACAAAUAUUCAUUAAAGGAAAUUUACUAAAUUCAGUGUCCCAUGUAUUGGCAAGGUAAUGAUUAGAAUAGAGAAAUGAAAAGAGUAGGUUAAGGUUGCCCAGGUGUUCUCAAGCUUCAGGCAUACCUAUGGAUAGAAAGUUACAUGCUAUGUUGGAAAGUUCAAUAAAGUAAAAAUUAAGAGAA